CACCGGAGGAGCAACAGGCAGCAGCAGCAGCAACAGCCCCGCAAAGAGGAAGGUGGUUUCAAACUAAGCGGACUGUAAAGCCUGACUGUCUGCGUUGGCCUUGCCGGUGCAGUGAAAUAAACACACACGUCGGAACAGGGCUGGGUUACAAUAAAGUCCCAUCGACGGUGAAGCCAGAAACCAGAGCCGCUAUGGAGGACCAGCUGCUGUGCUGCGAAGUGGACUCCAUCAGGAGAGCCUACCAGGACGUCAACCUGCUCAACGACCGGGUCCUGCACACCAUGCUGCGGGCGGAGGAGAACUACCUCCCGUCGCCGAACUACUUCAAGUGUGUGCAGAAAGAAGUAGUGCCCAAAAUGAGGAAAAUAGUUGCCACCUGGAUGUUAGAGGUCUGCGAGGAACAGAAAUGCGAGGAGGAGGUUUUUCCGCUGGCUAUGAACUAUUUGGACAGAUUUUUAUCAGUGGAGGCCACCAGGAAAACAAGACUACAGCUGCUGGGAGCCACGUGCAUGUUCCUGGCGUCCAAGAUGAAGGAAACCGUGCCCUUAACGGCGGAGAAACUCUGUAUCUACACGGACAACUCGGUCCAGCCUGGAGAGCUGCUGCAAAUGGAGCUGCUGGUUCUGAACAAGCUGAAAUGGGACCUGGCUUCAGUCACGCCUCACGACUUCAUCGAGCACUUCCUGUCCAAGCUGAAGAUCUACCCGUCCACCAAACAGAUCCUCAGGAAACACGCCCAGACCUUCGUGGCCCUCUGUGCUACAGACGUCAACUUCAUCGCCAGUCCACCGUCCAUGGUGGCGGCGGGCAGCGUGGUGGCAGCCGUUCAAGGUCUCUACCUGAAGAGCCAGGAUGCCUCGUUGUCUUCCCAGAACCUCACCAACUUCCUGUCACAGGUCAUCCGCAGUGACCCGGACUGCUUGCGGUCGUGUCAGGAGCAGAUCGAGUCCCUGCUGGAGUCCAGCCUGCGGCAGGCUCAGCAGCACGGCAGCACGACGGAAACCAAACACGUGGACGAGGACGUGGACCUGUCCUGCACCCCGACAGACGUCAGAGACAUCAACAUCUGAAAAACGAGUGACGGGGCCGCAUAUCACGCGGCGAACCUGAUGAUCGCGGGGGAAAGUUGUCGACAGAGGGCGGUGACGGGGCAGGCUGGGGAGGGGGUUUCCUUUAACUGAACCCGGCCUCCCCCCCUCCUCCUCCUCCUCCUACUUCCUGGGGCUGCUUGUAUCAUGGCCGACAUGUCACUCACAUGCCCCCCACCCCC